AAAUUGGGCCCAACAGCGUACCUAGACGGUCUGCGCGGCGUCGCAGCCUUCGUGGUCUACAUCUUCCACUUCUCCUACCUCUGGUACCCCGACCUCCGCUGGGGCUAUGGCCUCGGCCACGAUAUGUUCUGGCAAAUGCCCAUCAUCCGCUCCCUACACUCCGGCCGCGCCAGCGUUACCGUCUUCUUCGUUAUCUCGGGCUUCGUCCUUACGCUCAAGACGCUCACAAUGAUCCACAAGGGGAAGAUGGAUCAGGCGUUUAGCGCAUUGGCCGGCUCAGCAUUCCGCCGCCCGUUUCGACUAUACCUCCCUAUCUUCGCGUCGACGUUUAUUAUUGCCCUCUUGGUAUAUGGAGGGGAGUACACACGAGAUCCUUCGGGAGCAUCUGUACCUCCCCGGGGCCCGACUCUCGACCAGCAGUUACACCACUGGUUCUGGAGUACGGUGGACUUGAUGAACCCUUUCCGAGUUAUCGUCAAUCGGGAGAAUAUGAAGGGAAGCGAGUACGAUGGGCAUCUCUGGACAAUCCCCGUCGAAUUCAAGGGCUCGCUGCUCGUUUUCUUCCUCUUGCUUAUUUUCGCUCGAGCAAAGAGAUGGAUCCACAUGGUCGGCGUCACAGGCGUUGCAAUCUGGUUAGUCCGUAUCGGUGAUUGGGACCAAGCUCUCUUCUGUGCCGGGCUCCUUCUCGCAGAGCUCUCCAUUAUUCUCCCCAACGCAGCCCCGAAGAUAGCAGAGAUACCCGAAGACGAGCUCCCUAGUCACAAACUGCGCGUUGUCAAAAGAGUCGGCUCAAAAUCCUUCCACAUUAUCCGCCACGUCGGCACAAUGGCCCUUUUCUUCCUCGGUCUGCAUCUCUUCUCCUAUCCCGAGUACUACGGUGCCUCGACCCCUGGCUUCAUCACGAUCUCGCAAUGGGUACCGGACUACUACAAGGCCAUGGGCGACCGCACCCAACUGUUCUGGAACUCGAUUGGUGCCAUCAUCUUCAUCUUCGCCAUGAUGUACUCCCCGGCCGCCGAAGCACAAACAGCCGAACCUCUCCUCCAACGCCCCUUUACCACCAGUUUCGCCCAGUACCUCGGACAGAUUUCCUACUCGUUGUAUCUAUGGCACGGCGCCAUCAAUCACAUGGUUGGCGUCAGGUGGCUAUCACCAGCGCACACUGCGCUGCAGCUCGCUGGUGCCCAGGCCAAGGCAUGGAGUGCGUACGCGCUUGCGUUCUUCUGGGGCUCUUUGGUGAACACACUGGCGCUGUUCUGGGCGAGCGAUGUGUUUAAUCGGAUAGUCGAUGUGAAUGCUGUGAGGUUGACUCGCUGGCUUGGCGAGAAG